CUUCCUCGGGCCAUUUUGCUCCGCGCGGAGCGACGAGAGGUGGAGAGCCGGGGCCAGAGGAGGCGCGGGCCGGAGAAGGCGGCGGGCGACGGGCUUUCCGCAUCCGCAGGGUCCGGAGGGCCGCAGCGAUCGCCGGCGAAGAGGGUCCGGGGCCCCUUCCCGGUCCCUGCACCAUGAGCUGGGGCACCGAGCUCUGGGAUCAGUUUGACAACUUAGAAAAACACACUCAGUGGGGAAUCGAUAUUCUUGAGAAAUACAUCAAGUUUGUGAAGGAGAGAACUGAGAUUGAGCUCAACUAUGCCAAGCAACUCAGGAACCUUUCAAAGAAAUACCAGCCCAAGAAGAACUCGAAGGAAGAAGAAGAAUACAAGUACACCGCAUGCAAAGCGUUUCUUUCCACCUUGAAUGAGAUGAAUGACUAUGCGGGGCAGCACGAGGUCAUCUCCGAGAACAUGACGUCACAGAUCACGGUGGACCUGAUGCGCUACGUGCAGGAGCUGAAGCAGGAGCGGAAAUCGAACUUCCAUGAUGGACGGAAGGCUCAGCAGCACAUAGAGACCUGCUGGAAGCAGCUGGAGUCGAGUAAGAGGCGGUUUGAGCGGGACUGCAAGGAGGCCGAUCGUGCCCAGCAGUACUUCGAGAAGAUGGAUGCUGACAUCAAUGUGACCAAGGCCGACGUGGAGAAGGCACGGCAGCAAGCUCAGAUCCGUCACCAAAUGGCAGAGGACAGCAAAGCGGAUUACUCCUCCACCCUGCAGAGGUUCAACCAGGAGCAGUGGGAAUACUACCACACCCACAUCCCCAACAUCUUCCAGAAAAUCCAAGAGAUGGAGGAGAGGCGGAUUGUGCGCAUUGGAGAGUCCAUGAAGACCUAUGCGGAGGUGGACAGGCAGGUGAUCCCCAUCAUUGGGAAAUGCCUGGACGGCAUCGUGAAGGCCGCCGAGUCUAUCAACCAGAAAAACGACUCCCAGCUGGUUGUAGAAGCCUAUAAGUCAGGAUUUGAGCCUCCUGGAGACAUUGAGUUUGAAGAUUACACACAGCCGAUGAAACGCACGGUGUCAGACAACAGCCUUUCCAGCGCCAAAGAAGGCAAGCCCGAGCUCAAGUUUGGCGGCAAGUCCAGAGGCAAGCUAUGGCCAUUCAUCAAGAAAAACAAGCUUAUGUCCCUUUUAACAUCCCCCCAUCAGCCUCCCCCUCCUCCCCCUGCCUCUGCCUCACCCUCUGCUGUUCCCAACGGCCCCCAGUCUCCCAAGCAGCAAAAGGAACCCCUCUCCCACCGCUUCAACGAGUUCAUGACCUCCAAACCCAAAAUCCACUGCUUCCGGAGCCUAAAGCGUGGGCUUUCUCUCAAGCUGGGUGCCACACCAGAAGACUUCAGCAACCUUCCACCCGAGCAGAGAAGGAAAAAGCUGCAACAGAAAGUUGAUGAUCUCAAUAAAGAGAUCCAAAAGGAGACAGAUCAGAGGGAUGCCAUCACCAAAAUGAAAGAUGUGUACCUAAAGAACCCUCAGAUGGGAGACCCGGCCAGCUUGGACCAUAAACUCACCGAAGUCACCCAGAACAUAGAAAAACUGCGGCUGGAGACACAGAAGUUUGAGGCGUGGCUAGCUGAGGUGGAAGGCAGACUCCCAGCUCGGAGCGAGCAGGCCCGCCGGCAGAGUGGAAUGUAUGAUGGCCAGACACACCAGGCAGUCACUAACUGUGCCCAGGACCGGGAGAGCAGCCCAGAUGGUAGUUACACGGAGGAGCAAAGCCAGGAGCGCGAGCUCAAGGUGCUGGCUACGGAUUUUGAUGACGAAUUUGAUGACGAGGAGCCACUUCCUGCCAUCGGGACCUGCAAGGCGCUCUACACAUUUGAAGGUCAAAACGAAGGCACCAUCUCUGUAAUUGAAGGGGAGAUGCUGAGUGUGAUCGAAGAGGACAAGGGCGACGGGUGGACUCGCAUCCGCAGAAGCGAGGACGAGGAGGGCUACGUCCCCACUUCCUACGUCGAAGUCUAUUUAGACAAAAACGCCAAAGGUGCUAAGACGUAUAUUUAAUCCACUUAAAACAAAACAAAAACCCUGCAAAGUGUUGGAGUUGUCUCUCCCCACCAUGGUGGCUGUACAGGCCUUCAAGAGGCCAGCAGAGAGCAAGCAACGCAGACACUCGGGGACUGGGGGCGUCUCGUGCCCUAGUUCACUUGUCCGACCUGGCAGUGUGCAGAGCUGCCACCGGCCAGCUUACAACUGUGUCCUUUGAAAUCUGAGCAGUGUUCCCAUUCCUUCCAACAAAAUGUGUAGAUUUUUAAAAACUGUAUGGUGGUGGCUCAUGCCUGUGAUCCUAGCACUCAGGAGGCCGAGUCAGGAACAUCCCUGUGAGUUUCAGGCUAGCCUGGGCUGCAGAGUAAGACUCAGUAAAAAUAAAUAAAUGAAAGUUACAUUUGUUACUUCAUCAAUGGAAGAAAAGUAACCUGUCCCUGCCCUUGAGUGAAGCCUCUGACAUGUUCUUGGUGCCCACACUGGGUGCCCUAAAAGUUGCAGCUCAGGUCUCUGGGGUCAGCCUUUUAUUGUCUGGGUGUCCGGAACAAUCAAAAGAGGUCCAGGAAGGUGUACUCCUCAAGCGAUUUAGUUUGACUUGUCAUUAUUAGAUGGAGUCUCCUGGCUCCGUCUGAUGGGCCUGGGCCGGUGGCAGAGUGUCUUCUGGCGGUUGAGGCAAGCGCAGGCAGCAGGUGGGUACCCAAGGCCCCUGCGGGCGAGAUACUUCUCUAACAUGGUUCUAUUCCUGGUCGUGGCCGGAGCUGCGGUGAACAGAAGCCAGUGUGUCCGCUGCUGCGAGCAGUGGCCCCAGCAUGACCCUUUUGAAGUGGACUUUCUUUUCCUUUUUAAUCUUUGGAGUCCGUAAGACCCAGAGUUUGAAUUUGCUAGACCGUUUGGGGAUUUCUGGCACAUUUGAUCUGGCUAACUACAGCCAGAAUAAAGUAAAAAGACUUAGAGUUUUGAAGGAAUCUGGGCCAUGUGGGAAUUUGCAUUUUUUAAGUCGGAGGGGAGAGUGUGACGCUGGUUGCACGCACGGGCAGCUGCCAAGCCCAGGACUGAACGGUGCCCAUCAUGACAGCCCACCUCUAGGCCACCACGAGCUAGCUGUAAAUGGGUCAGAAUGAAAAAGCAUCUGUCCCCGCAAAUCUUUUCUUUUCUGUUUUGGGGUUUUUUGUUGUUUUGUUUUGUGACAGUGUUUCUGUGCUGGCCCUGGCUGUCCUGGAAUUUGAUCUGUGGGCCAGGCUGGCCUCGAACUCAGAGGGCCGCCUGCUUUUGCCUCUAGAGUGAUGGGAUUAAAAGCGUACAUCACCAUGCCCAGCUAUUUCAUGUGUGUGUGUGUGUGUGUGCGCGCAGUGUCUUGCUAUGUAACCAACACUAGCCUUAAACUCACAAUUCUCCCCUCCAGCCUCAUGAUUGCUGAGAAAUAUUUUGAGGUAGUGAUUGGCUCUUGGCAGUUACAAAGGUGGCACAAAGAGGUCCCCAUGCUCUUCCUGAGGCCCCAGCAGCCACACCUCAUAGUCUAGUUCAGUCUCCAAAAUCAGGAAGCUGACCCGGCCUGCCUGUUGUUUUUUGUUUUGUUUUGUUUAAUGCACAUCAGUCUUGUAAUUCCUAUUUCCUUUGAGUAACUUUUGCUGUCACCGCAUAUUUAAAGUCAGCCAUUCUGCGACCCCUUCAGGGGCAGAUUUUCAGUCCCCCCUUCAAGUAUCAUGAACCUCUGAAGAGUGAAUAGGAGGAAAGUACAAACUAUGCAUGAGACCUGGUGGCCAGAAAGACUUGAAAUGUAAAGAUUUGCCCUCUUCAUUCCUGUGCAGAACUCACCUGUAGGCUGUCAUUUCUUCUUCCUUUUGUUUUAUUUUGUUCUCUUUAUCCUCUUUGCCUCUAGGCUGUGAUUUCUUCCUCUUUUUUUUUUUUUUUGUUUUUGUUUUGUUUUGUUUGUUUGUUUGGUGUUUGUUUUGUUUUGUCUUCUGAGACAGGGUUUCUCUGUGUAAUCCUGGAACUGUCUCCAUAUACCAGGCUGGUCUGGAACUCACAGAGUCCCACCUGCCUCUGCUCCAAGUGUUUGACUUUAAUUCCAGCACUCAAGAGACAGCUCUGUGGGUUCAAGGCCAGCCUGGUCUACAGAGUGAGUUCCUGGACAACUAGGACUACAUAGAAAGAUCCUCUCUUAAAAGCAAAAAAACAUUGAAAGUCUCAAAGAGAGAUCCAGUAGUGAGCUGGUGAACAGCCCCCUGGGUGAAACAUAGAGGUUUCCCUCCGGUUUGCGCAGGUUGGAGUCAGGGAAAGGUCAGUUGCAAACUGGUCAUGGUUUUAAGUGUGUGUUAGUAAGCUGAAUACCUUAGGAUCCUAACAUGACCGCACCCAGCACUGACUAAAUUGAAUGGUACUUUGUAGUUUCCAUCUCCUCAGUGGGGAAUGAUAAAAAUUUCUUCCAAUAGUUUGCUGUUUCAGAAGGGAGCUUGGAGGUGUGGUUACGGGAUGAUGGCUCAGCAGGUAGAGACAUUUGUCCCCAAGCCUCAUGAAUGUGAGUGCUACCCCUGGGACUCCCAUGGUGGAAGGACCAACUCCCAAAAGUUGACCUCUGAUCUUCAUACAUCAUGGCACUGUGCACACCUAUACAAAACACACACAGAUCAAUGUAAAAAAUAAAAACAAACCACUAGACAGUUGAUCGUGGUGGUAUACACAUGUAAUCCCUGUGCUUGGGAGCCAGACACAGGUGGAUCUCUGUCAGUUCAAGGCUAGCCAGAUCUAUGUAGUGAGACCUUGUCUCAGAACAACGGAAGAGAAAUGAGAGAGCUGAGCUGUCUUAGCCUUCUCCUUUUAGUGGAAAAGUAUACCUGAAGUUAACUGCCACACCACCUAGCCUCUUCCAAACCCCGCCCUCCUGCCGCCAACCCCCAGAGGCCUAGCUGCUGCUCUCUGACUCCCAGAAACUCAAAGCACCGCUUGGGUUUAAAAAUAAAUAAAUAAAUAACGCCAGGGCACUUUCUGUGUGUGUGUGUGUGUUAUCUGUGAUGUACUUGGUCGUUGCCAAAUCACUUAGAUUCCUCCGAGCCUUGUGCAGUGGUGUCUCUUUUGACAUCACUUUGUUAAACAUGUCCAUAAUCCUGCCCCGCAGGGUAUAUUUGUAUAUAUUGCAAUUUGAAAACUAAAAGGAUGCCUUGAACAGUGUUGUUUUAGUCUUUACCUGUCGGUUUGAUUUGCUGUUCUCCUACCUAACCGCCUUUUUUGUUUUUAUAACCGCUGGGGAAGCCCCUGGACUCUUGCACUGUAGCUAGGUCCCCGGCUGGCUGCGGCGCCCUUGAGUCUAUUGUAAACCCCUGGCCUGAGUAAGUCGUUUCAAUACAGCCGUCACGGUUGCUUCUUUCUGCUCUUCUCCUAAGAGAAAAGAACCUGCCUGUCAUCCUCCAGUUGUGCCCUCGUAUCUGCCUCUCUAAUAAAUGUUACUAUUUUUCUCAGUGUA